ACGUAAUAUUAAAUUAUAAUUAAUUAAUUGUAUUAUAAUAAUUAUAAAGUAUAUAUGAAUUUAAUUGAUCUACUAAUUUCUUUGAGAUGUUUGUUAAAUUGGAUACAUCAAAGAUGAUAGCAAUCAAAUUUCCUAUAAAAAGAAAUUUAAAACAAAUUUAAAAAGAUGGGUCCAAAACGCUGCGUUCUAUUUAUGCGAAGCUGGAUCGAAGGAUAAGCAAUUAAAAUCAUGAAUUAUCCCCAUUGUUUAAAAACGCAGAAAUGGAUAACCUGGGUCGGUGAAGCUAUUCAGAAAACGGGCUCCGACAAUGGAGCUGGUAGCUUUUCACAUGUAUCCGACGUUCGCCAGACAAAAAAGCCCCUCUCUUUUCCGUCGCUGCAAUACAAAUUGUCACGGAAAAUCGCGGUUCCGAUUCCAAGCCCGAAACGCUAGUUCCAGGAACUGGAAUCUGAACCAGAUUUCCCGGCUAGAUUUAAUCCAACAAGUACUUGAAAGAAACAGUCUCAUGGAAGAUUCACAAGAAGAAGAAGAAGAAGAAGAAGAAGAAAUGAGUAUCAGCGGUGACGAGUCGUCUUUUUUGUCUUUGAGUGAAAAGCCAGAUAGAAGGAACAUGGCUCUGCUUGACGAUUACGAGUUGGAAGAGCUUGAUUCUGCCUCUCCUACUAACCAUCGUAGUGGGUAUGUGGCUGUACUAGGGAAGCCGAAUGUUGGAAAGAGUACACUUGCUAAUCAAAUGAUUGGUCAAAAGUUGUCUAUAGUUACCAAUAAACCUCAAACCACCAGGCAUCGAAUUCUUGGUAUAUGUUCUGGCCCAGAGUAUCAGAUGAUACUAUAUGACACUCCAGGUGUUAUUGAGAAGAAAAUGCACAAGUUGGAUUCUAUGAUGAUGAAGAAUGUCCGAAGUGCUGGCUUAAAUGCUGACUGUGUACUUGUUCUUGUUGAUGCAUGUAAAGUGCCUGAAAAUAUCAAUGAAGUCUUGCAAGAAGGCGUAGGAGAUCUCAAGUGUAAUCUGCCCACUUUACUGGUUUUGAAUAAGAAGGAUCUGGUAAAACCUGGUGAAAUUGCAAAAAAGCUUGAGUGGUAUGAGAAAUUUACUGAUGUUGAUGAGGUCAUACCUGUGAGUGCAAAGUAUGGACAUGGGGUAGAUGAUGUCAAGGAUUGGAUAUUGUCAAAACUUCCCACUGGGCCACCUUACUAUCCAAAGGACAUAGUCAGUGAGCACCCAGAAAGGUUCUUUGUAGCUGAAAUUAUCAGAGAAAAGAUAUUUAUGCAGUAUCGUAAUGAGGUUCCUUAUGCAUGUCAGGUAAAUGUGGUGAACUUCAAAACCAGGCCAAAUGCCAAAGAUUUUAUACAAGUAGAAAUCGUUGUUGAGAAAGACUCCCAGAAAAUCAUCCUCAUUGGAAAAGGAGGGAAAGCUCUGAAAAUACUUGCAACAGCUGCUCGGCUUGACAUUGAAGAUUUCUUACAGAAGAAAGUCUUCCUUGAGGUUGCAGUAAAAGUAAAACAGAAUUGGCGGCAAGACGAAGGGCUUUUGAGACAUUAUGGCUAUGGAGGGCAGAUUCGAGCACUAUAGCAUCGUCUCACAUUUAAUUCAAGUUAUUUUUUGUAUGUUUAUAAAGAGUAGUUGUGUGAAUAUGUUUUAAUCAGUUUUGACUGGGUUGGGGUUCGAGAAGUGUGAUGUGGUUGCAGAUUUCAUCAAUGAGAAGAUUAAACCUCAGGCUUUGCCUUAUUGGUGUGAGCAAGAGAAUUGAUGACUUGGGUCCAAAAACUCUUUGCAGGUUAAGUAUUAAUCUAGACUUAGACAAUUUUAAAUACUGACUCAAAAAUAAUACAAAAAAAAUCAUGUAUGAAUUUAGUGUAAUCGUUUAUUGUAUCUUAAUUGUAUCGACACAAUUAAGACGUGAUAUUAUUCGUGUCGUGUUCAUGUCAAACAGUGAUGACACGGUUAAGAUACAUUUAAAAAA